AUGACCCGUAGGGCCGCCUAUUGGUGGUCGGCGGAGAUUGCCGAGCUCAGGCGCUCCGCCGGCCGUGCCUGGAGGGCGAUGGCGGCCCUGCGGGACAGGGACGCACGGGUGGCGGCAUCGGCCGUCCUCACGGCCAGGAGAGACGCCGUGAGGACGGCCAUUGCCAGGGCCAAGGCCGCGACCUGGGAGGACCUCAUCUCCUCUGUGGAUCGGGAUCCUUGGGGGCGCCCAUACCGCAUGGUAAUGCGGCGAUUACGCCCCUGGGCGCCCCCAGUUACGGACACCCUCAGCCCCGAGCUCCUCGACAAAAUUGUGGAGGGGCUAUUCCCGAGGGUGGGUAACAAUAUCCCACCCUACACGGGACCCCCUCCCGACUGGGAGGAGGGGGAGCUCGGGGUGACGGCAGAGGAGAUGAGGCGAGCCGCCAAGAGGCUCGGCGCCAAGGGAAAGGCGCCGGGCCCUGACGGCAUCCCGGGCCGAGCAUGGGCCUUGGCCCUGGCCCAGGAGGCUGAGGUAGGAGACCGCCUCAGGCGGCUAUUUACGAGGUGCCUCGAGGCUGGCCUGUUUCCGGCCCCGUGGAAGAGGGCUAGACUGGCCUUCUUACGUAAGGAGGGCAAGCCGGAGGAAUCCCCUUCCGCAUACAGACCUUUGUGUCUGUUGGACGAGGCGGGCAAAAUGUUCGAAAGAAUCAUGCAAGCCCGCCUCGUUCGGCACCUGUCCCGGAGUGGUCCCGCGCUAGACGACGCGCAAUAUGGCUUCCGAGAGGGCCGAUCGACGGUCGACGCGAUCAUGCGCGUCAGGUUUCUCUCGGAGGCCAUCGUAGAGGCGGGAAUGACCCACUUUGGGUUCCCGCUCUACCUGGUCCACAUUAUAAAGGACUAUUUCCGGGGCAGGCGCUUGGAGUUCCGCAACAAGGCGGAACUCCAAUGCGGAAGGGAGGUGCAUUGCGGUGUUCCGCAGGGGGAAUGGGUGGGCAGGGCACACGGAGAUCUCACAUUCCGGACGACGCAGGUGCUCACGGGCCAUGGCUGCUUUGGGGAGUACCUGCAUAGGAUCGUCCGGAGGGAGUGCACCAGCCGCUGCCACCACUGCGAGGCGGCUGAGGACACGGCGCAACACACGCUGGGCGAAUGCCCGGCAUGGGAGGAAGAGCGCCGUGUUUUCGUAGGCGUGGUGGGAGCGGACCUCUCGCCCCCGGCCCUCAUCAGGGCUAUGUUAGAGGGACGAGAGGCCUGGUCGGCUGUUACCUCCUUCUGCAAGGAUGUAAUGUCGCAGAAGGAGGAGCAGGAGAGGGCCAGACGGGGGGAGACGUUUGUGGGGGGCGGCGAAUUCGCCGCGCCCCCCGCCCUCGGCCGGCACACCAACGAGGCACCUGCCAGGCUCCUGGUGAGCCCCCGUUCGGGUAUAGGUCUAGAUGAAUAUCUGGGCUUCCUGCUGGAUGGCAGAUGGAAGUUCGUCGCUCAGUUUCAGCAUGUGGCAUCCAAGGUUUCACAAGUCGGCAACGCCUUUGCCAGUCUAAUGCGGAACAUUGGAGGCCCCAGCUGGAGAAUCCGCCGCCUCUAUUUGAAUGUGGUGGUAUCCGUGGCCAUCUAUAGCGCACCGGUUUGGUCAGGCACCCUACAGAUUUCCAGCCGUAGUAAAUGGCUUUUUCGGAGCCAGUGCUACAGCUCCAUGCGGCCGGUGGCACCUCAUAAAACGGAGACUAUAUUCUUCCAUGAUGGAGAACAUAAGGUAUCGGCCAGGCUGAGAGUCGCAAGGGGCUACCCGCCUGGCGAGGUUCUGGAGGAAGAGAGUGGUGAUCACGACCAAGAACAAAGUGGCGGCGAGCCUCCGUACAAGGGCACGGGCGAUAGUUCGGUGAAGCGAGUAUCUCUCGACUCUCAGGUUAUUCAGGUCCCGCACAACGGAAAUCACCUAGCCUUACUUGCCCGAGUAGGUAGGCAGACGAGGAAAGAAACUGACCUUCCAGCUGGCGCAUGCCCUUCCGGGCAUGGUUGUUGGCAGGUCACGGCGAAUAGGCCGGCAGGUCACGGCGCAUUGCUAUUAUUACGGCCAUGGUCGAGACAUGACGCAGUACACGCUGGAGAAAUGUCUAACGUGAGCAAAAUGAGUCAAACUGACUCCGAUGGAAACAAUCCCGCGUCUGUCUCAGAGGAGGAAAAAGAACGCUCACUAUAA